CACAGUUUAAAAAUUUCACUCAUCGAAAGCGGUUGUGCCUCGGUAGCGAUUCCCCAAGCUCAAGCUGGCCGUACGAAAGCACAUACUAACUACCAACGGUCGCGCAACUUAUAAUAACUGAAAAAUAAAUCGAGAAUAUUUGUGUGUGCCGCGAACUGCCAGUGAAAUUUCAGUUUCCCGCGAAUGUCGGCAGUUCCGAAUUUUAUAUUCCUAAAGCGGUGCAAAAGAACCGACGCCAAAAAGAGCCGCAAGUGAUCUUUUUAGUUUAAAAACGCCAAACAUAAAAAGUGCAUAUUUCUGUGUUCUGUUCUCUGUUGUUUGCGCCAAAAAAAUAAAAGAAUAACAACAAAAAUCGCCAGCAGCGCCGUUAGUUUUCCUUCUCCCUUUUCUGCGUUCCGCGAAGAGGAGGAGGCGAGGCGAAGCAGGCCGCUAAAAAAUAAGUUUUCGCGAAAAUUAUAAAUAAACACAACAUACAGCAGCAACAACAACAACAACAAUGUGGCUCGUGCACGUGUAGCUUGGCAGCAACAACAAAAAUGCUAAAGGCGAAUAAUCGCAGGCAGCAGAUUACCGAAAAAUACAACAAAAAAUAAAAAUACAGUAAACAAUUUGAGUAGUUGCUGCACAUACACACACAUACCACACAACACACACGCACCACACAUCACACACUCACACACCACACACGACACACACCCGUGGAUUAUUACACUAAAAAGCGACACUCAAUUCAUCCCAAAAAACAAAAACCAUAAAAAAUAAACAUGCAUUGGAUUAAAUGUUUAUUAACGGCAUUCAUUUGCUGCACAGUCAUCGUACAGGUUCACAGUUCCGGCAGCUUCGAGUUGCGUCUGAAGUACUUCAGCAAUGAGCAUGGGCGCGACCAUGAGGGUCGCUGCUGCAGCGGGGAUGCGGACGCGGCGACGGGCAAAUGUCUGGGCAGCUGCAAGACGCGGUUUCGCGUCUGCCUGAAGCACUACCAGGCCACCAUUGACACCACCUCCCAGUGCACCUACGGGGAUGUGGUUACGCCCAUUCUGGGCGAGAACUCGGUCAACCUGACCGAUGCGCAGCGAUUUCAAAACAAGGGCUUCACGAAUCCCAUCCAAUUCCCCUUUCAGUUCUCAUGGCCGGGCACCUUCUCGCUGAUCGUCGAGGCCUGGCAUGAUACGAACAACAGUGGCAAUGCCCGUUCCAACAAUCAACUUAUCCAGCGGCUGUUGGUGCAGCAGGUACUGGAGGUGUCCUCCGAGUGGAAGACCAACAAGUCAGAGUCACAGUACACCUCACUGGAGUACGAUUUCCGUGUCACCUGUGAUGCCAAUUACUAUGGAUCAGGAUGCUCCCAAUUCUGCAGGCCACGUGAUGAUUCUUUCGGGCACUCCACCUGCUCGGAGACGGGUGAUAUCAUUUGCUUAACUGGAUGGCAGGGAGACUAUUGUCAUAUACCCAAAUGCGCCAAGGGCUGUGAGCAUGGACACUGCGAGAAACCCAAUCAAUGCGUUUGCCAACUGGGUUGGAAGGGAGCUCUGUGCAACGAGUGCGUACUGGAACCCAACUGCAUCCAUGGCACCUGCAACAAACCCUGGACCUGCAUUUGCAACGAGGGUUGGGGUGGCUUGUAUUGCAACCAGGAUCUGAACUACUGCACCAACCAUCGUCCCUGUAAGAACGGUGGCACCUGCUUCAAUACCGGCGAGGGACUCUACACCUGCAAAUGUGCACCCGGUUUCAGUGGCGACGAUUGUGAAACUGAGAUUUACUCCUGCGAUGCCGAUGUGAAUCCCUGCCAGAAUGGCGGAACCUGCGUGGAUGAGCCACCUUCGAAGACGGGUUACAAGUGCCAUUGCCCCAGUGGCUGGAGCGGAAAGAUGUGCGAGGAGAAAGUGCUCACCUGCUCCGAUAAACCAUGCCAACAUGGCACCUGUCGCAACGUUCGUCCCGGCUUGGGGGGCAAAGGUCAGGGCUACCAAUGCGAGUGUCCCAUCGGCUACAGUGGACCCACCUGCGAACUCCAGCUGGAUAACUGCAGUCCGAAUCCGUGUUUGAAUGGUGGAAGCUGUCAGCCCAAUGGAAAGUGCAUUUGUCCAGCGGGAUUCACCGGAUUCAAAUGUGAGACGAACAUAGAUGACUGUCUGGGUCACCAGUGUGAAAAUGGAGCCACCUGCAUAGAUAUGGUGAAUCAAUAUCGUUGCCAAUGCGUUGCCGGUUUCCAUGGACCUCAUUGCAGCAGCAAAGUGGAUUUGUGCCUCAUCAGACCCUGUGCCAAUGGAGGAACCUGCACGAAUCUGAACAACGAUUACCAGUGCACCUGCCGAGCGGGCUUCACCGGAAAGGAUUGCUCUGUGGACAUUGAUGAGUGCGUCAGUGGACCCUGUCACAAUGGCGGUACCUGCAUGAAUCGAGUGAACUCCUUUGAGUGCGUCUGCGCCAAUGGCUUCCGCGGCAAUCAGUGUGACGAGGAAUCGUAUGACUCGGUUACCUUUGAUGCGCACCAGUAUGGAGCCACCACUCAGGCUAGAGCCGAUGGUUUGACCAAUGCCCAGGUGGUUCUAAUUGCUGUAUUCUCCGUGGCCAUGCCCCUGGUGGCGGUCAUCGCGGCCUGUGUCGUCUUUUGCAUGAAGCGGAAGAGGAAGCGUGCCCAGGAGAAGGAUGAUGCGGAGGCCAGGAAGCAGAAUGAACAGAAUGCGGUGGCCACACUGCAUCACAAUGGCAGCGCUGUGGGCGUGGCCUUGGCCUCGGCGUCCUUGGGCGGCAAAACUGGCAGCAGCAGCGGUCUGACCUUCGACGGCGGUAACCCGAAUAUAAUCAAAAACACCUGGGACAAGUCGGUGAACAAUAUCUGUGCAUCGGCGGCAGCGGCAGCGGCGGCAGCAGCAGCGGCUGAUGAGUGUCUAAUGUACGGCGGAUAUGUGGCCUCGGCGGCGGACAACAAUAAUGCCAACUCGGACUUUUGUGGCCCCCUGCAGAGGGCCAAGUCACAGAAGCAACUCAAUACGGAUCCCACGCUCAUGCAUCGCAGCUCACCCGCCGGCAGCUCCGUGAAGGGAGCACCGGGUGCGGCGGAGGGCAAACGGAUCUCGGUCCUUGGCGAAGGAUCCUACUGCAGCCAGCGUUGGCCCUCGCUGGCGGCGGCUGGUGUGGCGGGAGCAUGCUUCCAGCUGAUGGCCGCCGCCUCGGCGGCGGGUAGCGGAGCGGGGACAGCGCAACAGCAGAGAUCCGUGGUCUGCGGCACACCGCACAUGUAACUCCAAAAGAACAUGUGGAGGUCCGCGAGGAGCUUACAGCAAAAACACACACACAAAGAAAAGACUGGGUUGGGUUCGAAAUAUAGGAGAGAGACGCCAAAAUGUUGUUGUUGAUUGAAGCAGGCUUAGUCGUCACGAAAAUAGUAGAAACUCUGUAACAGGCAUAACUCGUGAAUUUCCUCAAGUCCCUUGAAAGUAAUUAGCAUGACUGUUGUUCCCCAAAGCCAUUUCGAAGGUUAUUUGCUAUCCAUAUUUGUAAAGAUUUUAAUUUAAACAAAUUUUACAAAUACAUUUUUAUACACAGCAGGAAAUCCCCCCAAAAAUUGCAUCGAAAUAGCCAGCGGAAACAGUUGCUUCCCCCCUAAAAUCCUUAAAAAUCACUUGACCAAUUGCUAGCUAAAAUUUAGACCAAGACCAAGACCAAGAACCACUGGACGACAGAGUCGAUGAGCCGACUCUGCACCCGUUUUGACGUUUUGCAUGUUACUGAAAAUCUGCUUCAAUUAAUCUAUUUUUCACUUAGUUCGGUAUAAAUUGUAAAUAUUAAUGGUAAUUAUAAACUAAUGCUAAAAACGAUUGGAAAGAAACCAAUCUCCUCAAUGACGCCGCCCCCAGGAACGGUGCUGUCUUUCUAUGCAAGGCAGAUGGCCGGAUCGGGCGAUUUGUAUAUAGUACUCAUAGGUCACAAUCGAUAUACGAAAUGGAUAAGACAAAAGAUGAAGACAUGACACAAAAAAAAACUAAAAAAAAAAUAUAUAAGUACAUAAAUUGACACUAUCUCGACUAUUUAGUUUCUAACUAUGUAUAUGUAAAUGUAGCAAACAAAAGGAAAAUUAAACUUAACUCGAACCUAGCUUAGUGUUAAUUUAAAGACCCCAAACAAACAAACAAACAUGCGAAGACAAGCAAAACAUUUAGUGAUUCUAUUUUAAGUACUUAUAAUUCAACCUAUCAACCAAUAAUUUUGUAUUUUUUUUAUUUCGACUUUUUAACUUUUUUUGU